AUGUCGAAACCAUGGCGGACGUUCGUCAAAUGGAGUUUCAUCACUAAAGUCAUGGUCAACAAGUUCAAGGGAUUUUUUUCCAGCACCGUCGUAAGAUACUUGACGCCACAAAAGAAAACAACGGUUAUUAUUGAGCAAGGUAGUUUACAAGGAAUCCACUACAAAACACAAGUGUCAAAUAAGCCUUAUGUCAGUUUUUUAGGUAUACCCUACGCUAAACCACCUAUUGGAAACUUGAGAUUCAAGCCUCCUGUCAAACAUCCAGGAUGGUCUGGCACAUUGAAAGCAUUUUCAGUAGGAAAUAUGUCCAUGCAGUAUUCUUUCUUAAAGAACAAAAUUGUUGGAAGUGAAGAUUGUUUAUUUUUAAACAUAUUUGUGCCACUGCAGGAAGAACAAAAUGAAAAGAAGGCAGUAAUGGUGUUCAUACACGGCGGAGUGUUUUAUAACGGAUCUGGAUCGUUAGAUUUUUACUCUCCUGAUUAUUUGAUUGAUGAAAAUGUAAUCGUAGUCACAAUCAACUAUCGACUGAGUGCUCUUGGAUUUCUCAACUUUGAUAUUGACGAAUGUCCUGGCAAUAUGGGUUUAAAAGAUCAACUGUUGGCAAUUAAAUGGGUAAAAGCUAAUAUCACUGCAUUUGGAGGUGAUGAUCAAAACAUUACUAUUUUUGGAGAGAGUGCUGGAUCAGCAUCCGUUCAUUGUCACAUGCUGUCUCCACAAUCUACAGGAUUUUUUCAAAAAGCCAUUAUGCAAAGUGGAUGUAUGUUUAAUGUAUGGGCUUUGAAUGAUAAUCAUAGAGAAUCAGCUUUUAAGUUGGCCAACAAUUUGGGGUGUAGAAAAGACAACCCUAAAGAAGUUGUUGAAUACUUACUCAAUAUACCAGCUAUUGAUAUUGUCAAAUCAAUUACCAUUGAUGCUAAGACAAAUCCAGAUUAUGAUUUUAUUCCGUCGGUUGAAAAUGAAGCGGUUACUGACAAAUUUUUACCUGCUCAUCCUGAAAUUUUAGUUAAAACUGCAUCAACAGUACCUGUAAUAGUUGGAAUCAAUAACAUGGAAGGAUUGUUAGUUUUUGGAGAUGAAAAUUUUAUGAAAACUAUAAAUGGUACCGAGGAAAUCAACAAAUUGUUUGAAAAAAAAUAUGGCUAUACUGAAGAUGUUGUGAACAAAAUAAAGAACUUUUACUUCAAUGAAUGCAACGUAGAAUGUGGAACCACUAGAUUGGAAAAAAUAUGCAAUCUUUACGGUGAUUUCUAUUUUUCUAAAGAAUUUCAUCUCAGUUAUAAACACUCUCUCCAACAAAAUGUCACGCCAGUUUACAGCUACGAGUUUAAAUUUGACGGAAAAAUCAAUGUUUUCAAAAAACUGCUCUAUUUUCUGAGGCCAACUUUUGAACCACUAAAAGGUGCAUGUCACGCUGACGAAUUGAGUUAUUUGUUUCACGGACGAUUGUUUGGAUUUGCACCCAAGGCCAAUUCACCAGAGUUAAGAAUGUGUAGAACAAUGAGUAAAUUAUGGACCAAUUUUGCUAAAACUGGAAAUCCUAAUUCGCACGAUUUAAAAUUCGAAUGGAGGAAUACGAGUGCAGAAGAACCUAAAUAUUUGUCAUUAGAUGGAGACGAUACGCGCAUGGUUGUUGGAUUAUUGAACAGUUCCAGGAUAAGUUUUUGGGAAAACAUAUCAGAAACUAUUAGAUUAUUGCUACAAAAAUCAAAUUUUGAUCUUUACUACUAUAGUUGA